UACAGCUUUUAGCCAAUACAAAAAUCUACCAAUACCCACACUCUUAAUACACACACACAGUGGAAAACUGCUCUUUUACCCAUCUCCUCUCGGCUCCUUGAUGUAGCCUUUUCUUUUUUCACAAUAAAUACUAUCUUGUCUCAAUCUUCAGCUACAGGCGUAGAUACACGGGUAAGAGGAGUGGAGUUGUAGAUUCAAAAACAUCAUCAUGAUCAAACGGACUUCGAGUAGAAAUGCUAGAACUAGAGGCUUCAAGGUGAAGCAUGUUCUGCAGAUUUGUUUAUUGCUUGGUGUUUGCUUCUGGUUAAUCUACCAAGUCAAGCAUUCCCAUGAUAAGAAAAAGGAGUUUGAUGAGAAAGAGGCAAAAAUCUCUCAGAGAACUCAAAAUGGUGAUGGGAUUUCAAAUUUGGGAAGGAAAGGCCUCCAUCCUCACAACCAGGAGUUUCCAAAAAACGAGAAACAUGAGGAAGAUGAUGAUGAAAAAACUACAUUAGAGGAGGAAGUGAAUAAGAUGGAAGAAAAUAUGCAUGAGCAAAAGCAGUUGGAAUAUGAAACUAAGCAUGAAGAAGAAGACCAAGAAGAAGAAGGCAGUAAGCAUGAAGAGGGAGAGAGAGAAGAAGAGGAAGGAGAAGGAGAAGGAAGCAAGCAUGAUGUGGAAGAGAGAGAAGAAGAAACUAACAAACACGAAGAUGAAGAGCAAGAAGAUGAAACCAAGAGUGACGAGACAGAGGAUGGGAGAAGAGAAGGUGGGGAUGAUGAGAUAGAUGAACAUGAUCAAGAGAAAAUAGAAGGAGAAGCUGAUCAUGAAGAGGAUUUUGUUGAUGAAGAGAAAGAGAGAGAGGAAGAAGGGGAGGAAAAGGAAGGUGGAAAUGGUGAAGUUGGAGAUAAGGAGGACUAUGAAACUUCAACGGAGGAUCAAGAUCAUGACGGAGGUCUGCAGAAUGAUCAUGAGGCUCGAGAAGAACUUUACAAGGCAGAUGAUGCUUCGAGUGCAGUGACCCAUGAUGUGGAAACUAUAAGCAUUGAACCUGAGAGGGUAAGUUCAGAGAAUUCAGUAACAAAUAAUCUAGAGCUGGAGAAAAAUUUGAAUAAGAGCAACACCAAUGGAGUCAAUGAGGAUAAAAAAAACUCAACAUCACAGCUUGGAGGUGUAGCAACUGAGAAUGACCCUCCAGCGAAUGUGACAGCUGGUGAAAAGAAGGAUGAUGAGAUUAUCAACAGCAAAGAACAGUCAACCAAAAAUGCAACCGUCUUUUCCGAAUUAAAUGACCAACCAGUGCUAAGCAAUAAUCCCAUGGAGGCGACUUCUGAUUCAUCCCAGCACAAUGAAACAGUUGUUAUAUCUGAUUCAAAUCAAGCUCAAAAUGCAAAAAAUGAUGAUGCUAGUAGAGGGGAAGCAUCUAACCUGAAAACCAUUGAAUUGGAACAGGUUAAUGACAAUACAGUUGCAGAUAGCAGCAGAACUGAUUCUAAUUCUACUGUCCCUGAUAAAAUUGAGAAUAUGGACGAUGGUGCAAGAAGUUCAAAUUCAUCCACUAAUUCAGAGCUUGACAGAUCAGUGAAUUUCAUUAAGCCUGAAGCUGAGGGCAAGACUAAUGGAUCAGAUGAGAUCACUAAACCCGAAGUUGAAGCUGAUGCAGAGGUCAAUUCUGAGUCAUCUUCAACAACAAAGGAGACUGCAGAUACUGCUAAAGAUGAGAACUCAGAUGUCAAGAAUGAAUUAGGUGGGACAGAUGAAAACAAAGGCUCUUCAGCAACAGAUGGGACUGAAGCUGUUGUUCAUGACCACAUUGAUUCUUCGAAUUCUUCAAUUGGCCAAGAAAAGAAAGAUACCGGCAUACAUCUAGAUACACUGCCAGGGGAUAGCAGAGACGGCGUUAAUAGCCGCAAUGUGGCUGCAGAAUGAGAAAUUUUGAUAAAAUGGUGUAUGCUUAUGAGUGAUAAAAAUGUUUAUGUAGUUGUUCACUCUGUUUUGCUGCACAAUCACAGAGAGUUUUGGGUUUCAGGCAACUUUGGAAUACGAUCUUACAAAUACAUUUUUAGCAUUGCAGGCAAAUGUAGGUAGUUUGAUGCUAUUAAUGGUUUUAUCUGUAUACUUUACGGCGAAUUUCAGUUGAUAUCUCUUUUCAAUA